UUUAUCCUAUACGUUUUCCUAUAGCAUUUUUUGUAGUAAAAAUGGAGGAUCAAAAGCAGACAAGUUUCACGUUUGAGAUAGAUAACUUCUCGGAGAAGGAAGGGUUGAUACGUUCACCAAAUUUCUUUAGUGGAGGCUGCGAAUGGUUUGUUGAUGUUUAUCCCAAAGGAUACGGUAUUGAAGAUCACUUGUCUACGUUCCUCUGUGUUGCAAACCCUGAAUCAUUGCUACUUGGAUGGAAAAGAAGAGCUAUUCUUUCAUUAGUGCUAUCAAACGAAUCCGGCAAAAGACUGUACGGAACAUUUAGAAAUGGACCACCUUGCAAGACGUUCUGCGCUCAGUUUCCAGCAUGGGGUUGGGCAAAUGCCAUACCUCUUGAAAAGCUUCACGAAAAUGGGUUUAUGGAGAAGAAUAAACUGAUAGUCCAACUCAAAGUACAAGUACUUGAAGUUGUUGAUGAAGCAGAAGUUACUGGUAAGGAGACAUUAGAUGUCAACGGUUUCCAAGUUCUUUAUUGUGAGGUUGGUCAAGUGACUAAUAUUUUCGCAAAGCAUCCGGACAUUGCCUUGAAUUUCAUACCGAAGAGCCAAUUGGUGAAAACAACAUACAUGCAUCUCCUCAUGGGUCUCAUCGAGAAACUGAACAAGCCUCCACGUAGCUUCACCAAGAAUGAAUUAAGCGACACUCGCAUGGAAUUGACAGAUCUAACAAAAGCAGGGUUCAAGCUAGACUGGUUGAAGGAAAAGCUUGAUGAGAUUUCCUUGGAGUGGAAGAAAUCAAAUGAUGAUGGUUCCAUGAGUUCUUAUGGUUCUCGAGCCCAACAAAUGGAGGAACAGCUCCAAGAACUCGAGGAACAAGUCAAGAAUCUCAACCUUGAACUGGACACAGAAAAGGUCAAGUCUGCCGCUAAAGUUUUGUUGUUGGAACAGACGGUGUCGGAUCUCAGAGAUGAGCUGAGCAUGAUAAAACCAAGAUCAACUCCUAAAGACGUACUUGAGGGAGUUGUUCUCUCUUGGGAAGUAUUGGAUUACCCGGAUCUCAGUAAUGAAGAAGUAGAAUAAGUAAUGACAUUUUGUUACUGUUUUUCUGUUUUCUUUUAUAAA